AACCAAGGAGAGGUCCCUGAUUUCAAGGUCAAGGGAGGGUACGGAGAGAGUUCCUGCUCUAUACUUCUUGGAGAUUCCAAUACCAUGCUUGCACAAAUGCAUAGAAGACACACUAUCGCGAGUACUAUUAUGGAGACAGAUAGUUUUGGAGUGACUGUGUAUCCUAAUGUUGAUUAUGCCUUCAUAGUAGCUCUUGUGGUGAUUCUCGACGAGAUCAAUGCGGAUCGCAGUGGCGAAGAUUAAAUACAACUCAUGGAGUGGUUCUUGAUUACAUCAAUUAAUGCGGAUCGCAGUGGCGAAGACUGUUUUAUUACGAGUGAAGCUCUCAAGUUUAAUUGCAAUUCAUGUUUUAUUGCUUUUCCUUAAUGUAAAAAUGUUUGCCUUGUGGGCGACAUAAAGAGUGAAAUACAUUAUUUAUUUUUGUUAAUUUUUA